AUGCCAUAUAGGCCAAUUGGUCUGAAAGAAACCUUGGAAGAAACUGGAAAGUCUGCUCACCAGGUUUUCGAAGAACCCGACAUGCUUUCGACACUGCGGCUGAUGCUGGAUGCUGUAUCUUCAACCGAAUGCAUCGUCAGAAGGCUCGAGGUUGCCAUAGAUUCCGUAAAACCAUCGCCGCGUGGCCGCGAGUGGUACAAAGCCCCGCACAUUCGGCAAUCAAGAAGACCACUACACAUGCCUGGCGAAGAAUUCCAUAUCGACAUCAAAUGGCACACGAUCUAUGGUCGGAAGAAUGAUCUGGCUCCUGGUUUGUUACCAGCAAUCAUCGAAAGGACGCCGAAAAAUCUCAAAUGCUUCUCAUUGCAUUCAGAUUGUGAUCCUCGCCGGUUCGAAGGAUUGUUGUUGGACAAGGUCUCCUGGCUGCGCUGGUAUGACGCUCUGGAGGAGAUAUCACUGAACAAGCUAUGCUUGACAGCACAACAGCUGCGCGAGUUCCUUGAGUUUCACAAGCCUUCGUUGAAACGCUUGACUCUUUCGCAGUUGAUUCUUAUCGGAGACUGGGACCGUCUUCUCUUCUGGAUCUCUCAAACCCUCACCCUCGAACAAUUCAAGCUUGAUCGAGGCUACAUAGUGACGGAACCAGGCGAUCAGUAUGCAGAUGAUUGGCGGUAUACAAAAGAGUGGUAUACCACAGGUUGCCAGCUCCAAGGCAAACAGGCGGUGCAUGAAGGCUUGGAUGUGUUCAUCAGACAACAAGCUAUAGACAGAGAGGCAGAAGAGCAAAGACGGAGGGAAGAAGAGCGUCGUUCAUCCCGCCUUCUUAGGCGCAGCCUCCGGGCACGCCCUCGGCAAUAG